GAGUCCCAUCAGUCGCAGGAGAUUACAGGACUGUUUCUUCAGCACCCUGAGACUACGGUUGCCGUGACAGGUUAGACAAACAACACUGCCAGUUGACUAAUACUAGCUACAUCCUAGCAUGCAUAUACCAAUUUGUCUUACUACCUUGUAUUCACCUAGGCAAUUUUUGCAUUGAGUAGUUAUUUGCUGAAAAUAAAUACUACAGUAGGCCUAAUUCUGUCAUGUACUUUACCAACCUGUUGCCCUGAAGUUUACACAAUUCACCUGUACUGUAGGAACUUUGGUAUAGGUACACUUACAAAGAGAAAAUGGCCAAAAUUAUACUCCUUUACUGGCUUUCUGAGUGUUGAUUGUGAAUGGCAGGAACGGACAUUACGUUUACUGCCAAAGUGGACUCUACUACGCUAUCAAGGAAACCCACCAUUAAAUGGCUGAAGGGGAAGUGGCUGGACCUGGGCAGCAAGGCAGGAAAACACAUGCAGUUCAAAGAGACUUACGACAGAGCCACAAAGGUAGGUCUAUGCAAGUGGGUGGGGUUGGCUGGAUGGGAAGAGGACAAAAGUGUGUGAAUGUUCUAUGCAUCACCAAUCCCCCCCCCCCCCCUCUCUCUCUCUCUCUCUCUCUCUCUCUCGCUCUCUCUCUCUCUCUCUCUCUCUCUCUCUCUCUCUCUCUCUCUCUCUGUCACUCGCUCACACUCACACACACACAUACACUUAAAUGUUCUACUCCACUUAGAUCUACACCUGGGACAUGAAGAUAAUCAAGGUGGUCCCUGGUGACGCUGGGGCCUACAGGUGUGAGGUCACCUCCAAAGACAAGUGUGACAGCAGCGCGUUUGACAUCUCCGUGGAGGGUGAGUGGGAUGUUUUGGGAACACUGACCACUGUCCCCUUAAGGCAGUGGUUCUCAAACCUCUUCUCAGGGACCCCAAGACAUUUCACAAUUUAUUUGUAGCCCUUAACUACCACCACAUCUGAUUCAUCUACAAGGCUUGAUGAUGAGCUGAAUCAUCAGGUGUGCUACCUUUGAAAUGGAUGAAAUACAUGGAACGAUUGGGGGUUCCUGAGAAGAGGUUUAAGAACCACUGCCUCAAGGGACCCAAGGGACCCUUUAAGUUAAAGGCAUAUUUUGUUGGUAUGUUCUGUAGAGCAGAAGGCAUCAUAGCCUUUGUCAGGAGGUGAUGAUGUAUCACCCAUAAACCUAAAAAAAUGAUCAAUGUCAAGUUAUACCUAAAUACUGAAUGGAAAAUGUUAUUUACCAUCUAUUAUUCCUUCUAUUCAGAAUUUCAAAAAGAACAGUUAGAAGAUUGUAUGAUGUGUUUUUUUGCUAUUGGAUUAAAUGUUAGUUAAAAUGACUAAACAGUGAGCCUAUCAUUAUCUGAUGUAUCGAAAAAUGUGUUAAACUCCAAUGAAUGCACAAUCAAAGGUUCUUAACAUAAGAAAGGGGUAUUACAAGUGCGGCAGGUUGUCAAGGGCUGAUGUGGAUGCGGUGUUGGAGUCAGGCGCAGGACACAGAAGCUUAGUCGAACCGACUUUAAUUGUCAAAUAGACGAAUACAAAAAUAACGGGCCUCAACACACAGGAGGCGAGCGAUUACGCAAAUGGUGCGUAAAACACGAAACACUAGAAAACAAUAAACAUACACCAACGGACAGGCAUUCAACAACACACAACUGCAAACAAAACCAAAGGAAACUUAUAGGUGACCUAAUCAAUACAUAAUACGAAACAGGUGCACCAACAAGACAAAACCAAACAAACAUAGAGAAAAUCAAGCGGUAGCAGCUAGUACUCCGGGGACGACGAACGCCGAAGCCUGCCCGAACAAGGAGGAGGAGCAGUCUCGGCAGAAUUCGUGACACAGGUAGCCUAGCCGUUAAUAGCAUUGGACAAGUAACCGGAAGGUUGCUUGUUCGAAACCCCGAACCGACUAGGUGAAACAUCUGUCUGUGCCGUUAAGCACGGCAUUUAACCCUAAUUGCUCUGGAUAAGAGCGUCUGCUAAAUGACUAAUCAGUUUAGAGUUUAAAUGCACGCAACUGUAAACCAGAUGUGUUCUUUAUGCAAUUCCUCUUAUUCCAGCUGUGGCUAUUGAGGAGGAACAUGAUAUUAUGGCCGCAUUCAAAAGAGCGUAAGCAUUUUUAUUCAUGUUUGAGCUUGUUAGUGUUUCUUUGUGUGUGCAUGCGCGUGUGUGUGCACGUGCACACCUGUAUACGUGUAUGAUUGUGUGCUAUUCAUAAUAUGUUUGACUGCAUUUCAGCACAAUAUAAUGUCCAUCGCAUUUUAUGUAAUAGAAAUCUGCUUAAUCUAGAAUGACAUCUUAUUUUGUGUACUGUCUUUCUCUAAUUAGGGAUGCUGGGGAGGAUGAAGGCAGUCUGGAUUUCAGUGCUUUGCUGAAAGCUACCAAAAAGUGAGCACUGUUAACACUGUGUGCCUUAUGUAGGUAUCACAUACAGUACCAGGGAUCAGGGAUCACCUACCACAUUCCAGGGAUCAGGGAUCACCUACCACAUUCCAGGGAUCAGGGAUCACCUACCACAUUCCAGGGAUCAUAUACAGUGCAUUUGAAAAGUAUUAAGACCCCUGACUUUUUCCACAUUUUGUUACGUUACAGCCUUAUUCUAAAGUUGAUUAAAUUGUUGUUUUUUCUCUUCAAUCUACACACAAUAUCCCAUAAUGACAAAGCAAAAACAGGUGUUUAGACAUUUUUGCAAAUGUAUAUAUAAAAAAAACUUUAAUAUCACAUUUGCAUAAGUAUUCAGACUCUUUACUCAGUACUUUGUUGAAGCACCUUUGGCAGCAAUUACAGCCUCGCGUCUUCUUGGGUAUGACGCUACAAGCUUGGCACACCUGUAUUUGGUGAGUUUCUCCCAUUCUUCUCUGCAGAUCCUCUCAAGCUCUGUCAGGUUGGAUGGGGAGCGUCGCUACACAGCUAUUUCCUGGCUGGGCCACUCAAGGACAUUCAGACACUUGUCCCGAAGCCACUCCUGCGUUGUCUUGCUUAGGGUCGUUGUCCUGUUGGAAGGUGAACCUUCACCCCAGUCUGAGGCCCUGAGCGCUUUGGAGCAUGUUUUCAUCAAGGAUCUCUCUGUACUUUGCUCCGUUGAUCUUUCCCUCGAUCCUGACUAGUCUCCCAGUCCCUGCCGCUGAUAAACAUCCCCACAGCAUGAUGCUGCCACCACCAUGCUUCACCGUAGGGAUGGUGCCAGCUUUCCUCCAGACGUGACUCAUGGCAUUCAGGCCAAAUAAUUCAAUGUUGGUUUCAUCAGACCCGAUAAUCUUGUUUCUCAUGGUCUGAGAGUCCUUUAGGUGUCUUUUGGCAAACUCUAAGCGGACUGUCAUGUGCCUUUUACUGAGGAGUGGCUUCCGUCUGGCCACUCUACCACAAAGGCCUGAUUGGUGGAGUGCUGCAGAGAUGGUUGUCCUUCUUAAAGGUUCUCCCAUCUCCACAGAGGAACUCUGGAGCUCUGUCAGAGUGACCAUCGGGUUCUUGGUCACCUCCCAGAACAAGGCCCUUCUCCCCCGAUUGCUCAGUUUGGCCGGGCGGCCAGCUCUAGGAAGAGUCUUGGUGGUUCCAAACUUCUUCCAUUUAAGAAUGAUGGAGGCCACUGUGUUCUUGGGGACCUUCAAUGCUGCAGACAUUUUUUGGUACCCUUCCCCAGAUCUGUGCCUCGACACAAUCCUGUCUCGGAUCUCUACGGACAAUUCCUUCGACAUCAUGGCUUGGUUUUUGCUCUGAUAUGCACUGUCAACUGUGGGACCUUAUAUAGACAGGUGUGUGCCUUUCCAAAUCAUGUCCAAUCAAUUGAAUUUACCACAGGUCGACUCCAAUCAAGUUGUAAAAACAUCUCAAGGAUAAUUAAUGGAAACAGGAUGCACCUGAGCUCAAUUUCAAGUCUCAUAGCAAAGGGUCUGAAUACUUAUGUAAAUAAGGUGUUUUUAUUAAUUUUUCAUUUUUUUCUAAAAACCUGUUUUUGCUUUGUCAUUUUGGGGUAUUGUCUGUAGAUUGAUGAGAAAAAAACUAUUUAAUCCAUUUUUGAAUGUGGGAAAAGUCAAGAGUUCGGAAUACUUUCCGAAUGCACUGUACAUACCAAAAAUGUAUAUAUGAUUACAUUAUUAUUGUUAAUAGGCUAUUAUUUUUCAUGCUACAUCCAUUUGCAGUGUACAGUACAUCCCUUAAUGUAGCCUAUCCUUUAAAUUACACGUACAAAGGUGAUUGGAUGGUAUGAUAGAACGUGCUGGAACGAGUCGUUCGUUUGUAACAGUAAUAUUAAAUGGAAAACUGAGAGUCACAGUGGAAUGACCAUUGAUUUGAUAGAUUUUUGUGUUGUUGACUAUGAAACCUCUCCCUUUGUCCACUCUCUUCAUUUCGGACACUUCACCUUCAUCUUUAUCUCUUUCUUUCUUCCUUCCAUCUUUCACCCACAGGAAGAAGAAGCCAGUUGAAGAUGUGGAGAAGAAAGAUGUGUGGGACCUUCUGAAGGACGCUCACCCCAGCCAGUAUGAGAAGAUUGCUUUUGAGUACGGCAUUACAGACCUGAGGGGUCUGCUCAAGCGUCUAAAGAAGAUGAAGACUGUUGAGCCCAAGCACAGCGAUGGUAAGAUGGAAAGGAGAGGGUAGGGAAGGGGAAAUAUUAUUAUAUAAAAAAAAUUUAAAAAGGUUUCUCAAAGUUCACCAAACUACCUUGCCAAUCUUACAACAAUUGUACCCAAUGUCAUGUUUUCUGUUUCCCCUGCAGCUUUCCUAAAGAGAAUGGAGUCUGCCUACUCUGUGGAUAAGGGCAAGAAAAUCGUACUGACGGUGGAAGUGGUUGACCCAAAUGCCCAGGUCAAAUGGUUGAAGAACGGUCAGGAGAUAAAAUCAUCAGCCAAGUACGCACACAAAUAAACACAAAUACACACACCACACACACACACACACACACACACACACACACACACAUACACACACACACACACACACACACACACACACACACACACACACACACACACACACACACACACACACAGUCUUACUUGUGGGGACAUACAAUUCAGUCCCAUUUAAAAUCCUAUUUUCCCUAACCUUAACCCAAAAACCUAACCUUAACCCUAACCCUAAACCUAACCUUAGCUCCUAACCCUAACCCUAAAACUAACCCUAUUUCCUAAACCUAACCCUAACCCUAAACCUAUUUCUAACCAUAACACUAAUUCUAACCAUAACCCUAAACCCCCUAGAAAUAGCAUUUGACCUUGUGGGGACCAACAAAAUGUCCCCAGUUGGUCAAAUUUCUCUUGGUUUACUAUUAUUGAAAAGGUAUAGUUAAACAUGUCCACACACACACACACACACACACUAUCGCACACACACAUCCUAGCAGAGAUUACUGGGAGACUGAGGCUCAGUGAGGGCCAUUAUGGUUAGAGUUUAUCAUGACUGAGGGCCGAACCCCAACUUGAGAAAUGAGGGCGUAGCUAGAACCUUCGCAUAAAUUACUGAUGUAAAUAAGCGAGUCACAUGCAUCUCCUGUUAGGAUAUGGCCAUAACUUACUGACGUAAUACUAGCAAGGGGGAGCGACAGAAGUGGAAUGCUUAUUCAUGGAGAUGGAAACUAAUGACUUACAAAGUAGAUUCAUAAAAGUCUAUUUACGUGAGGAAGCUAUAGGCUAUAUGACUGUUUCCUAGUGAUUAGUUAACGUGACUUAACCCAAAACACCAAAAGCAAACUCACUAGCUCAUCAUGGAAUAGUCAGACAACAAGAUCAAGGUUUUCUUUUUUUUCAAGAGACGUUUUGCAUCAUGUAAGCCUUCCGUUGAACAAUCUCCUUCAAAAGGCAAUGUAGGCCUAUCUAUUUUUGUCUUCUCUCUGGAAUGCUUUGGUAGAGCAGAGUCCUGUCUCUCAGUGGCGGCGUACAGUGCAAUGCAAGAUAUGUGAUUAAUUAGACAGUAGGCCCUAUCUGAUUUACCGCAAGCUAAGAUGGUGGUCUCCGCGUCUCCUAGACUUGACUGGCAGCGCUGGAAAAUAGCUCUCUAAAAUUAUCUCUACACAACUCCAUCAUUCUAAAUGGCGCUGCCAUCAACACAUUUUAUUUAUAGGAAACCAUUAUCAGCUUCUCAGUGACCAACAAGUCACGUUGACAAGUCAUAUCAUUCCCUGCACAUAAACUCCUCAUGCAGGUUUUUUGUUUUUUGUUUAUCAAAAAGGGGCUUAGGUGGUGGGCUGAAUUUUUGUUACAGUUUUAGCGGUGUAGAGAAAUCUUAGCAAUUUUAAGGCAAUCUCCGGCAAUUCUACACAUUUCUCCAUGGAGCUGCAGUUUUAAAGCAAAUUUCCUGAAAAUGCUAUUCAUUUUGCCAUGGCUAAUGCUGUGUUCUUUUGCUCAAACAUAAUAACAAUAUCAAUACUGCUCAAUUCAUUUUAAUUAUUUUUUUAUUUUAUUUUGGUGAUUGUUAGUUCUCAAAGAUUAUAUUCAAAAAAAAUGUAUAGGUCAAUUAUAUUUUCUUCAUACUUUGUAUCUGGUUUUAGUCGUUUAAGUUUACACUAAAAACUGUUUGGACUUAAGCAGCCAGAAAAAACACUUAGGCUGCCCGCCGAAGCAUUUUCUAUGCAGAAAAAUCCCUGCUCAUGCACAAAGCCAGGUCUGAAUCAUUAUCAUGGACAAGGCUUAAUUUAAUGGUCAUAGUUGUUUACUUAUUGCCUCGUGACAGUUUGGUUACCUUUACUGUACUUCACAUCCGAUUACUUGGUACUCUUAGCUAACUCUUAACUUAAUACUCUAAUAUUCUUUAUUUUUUAAGUUUUUCUUCUUUGUCUAUCCCCAGUAUAAACUAUGAGAUUUACUGUGGUACAAGAAAAAUGAGCAACACUUUAGAAGACUAAAAUAACCCAUGCAUUAGUUAUUCUAAACGAAUGACAGGUCAAUCACUUUCAUAAAACUGUAGAUUGCCCUUUUAUUCAAGUUUACAUGUUGCUUAUACAUGUCUUGUAAACUGGCUUUUGGAGAAUGUUAAACGACAUUGUAACAUUCAUUUAUGCUGCUGUCUGUCUGUCUGUCCAUUUGUCCAUUUAUCCGUCUAUCUGUGCACCAGGUACAUCAUAGAAGCAAUUGGUAACAUCCGGACGCUCACCAUCAACAAGUGUAGCCUUGCUGACGACGCUGCAUACGAGUGUGUGGUUGGGGACGAGAAGUCCUUCACAGAGGUGUUUGUCAAAGGUAUGCCUUCUUCUCACUUUUCUACACUCUUAGAAAAAAAGGUACUAUCUAGAACCUAAAAGGGUUCUUCAGCUGGUCCCAUAUGAGAACCCUUUGAAUAACCUUUUUUGGUUCCAGGUUGAACCCUUUUGGUUCAUGGUAGAACCCUUUUGGGUUCCAUGUAAAACCCUUUCCACAGAGGGUUCUACAUGGAACCCAAAAGGGUUCUACCUGGAACCAAAAAUAGUUUUUCAAUGGUGACAGCUGUGUGGAGUUGUCAUUUGUUGAUGUCAUGUAUCAUAAAGGGUACCUUAUUGGAAAGUGUUACCCAUGUAUCCUUUAUUUAACGAGGGGACCCCCAUUUACAUAGUAAUCUUUUUUGCAAUGAAACUUUGACUAUCAGAAUCAUCCAGUAUCCUUAUAAUGACAAUAAUACCAUAAAACAAAAAUAUUUUGAAUAAUGUACAAAACAUUUAAAUAACAUUUCAAGUAGCUGGUUGGAAGGUUAUCCUUACCUUUUAAGUCAAGUGUAAGUUGUGUACGCUCACUGUCACUCAAUUUUCAAAACGACUUUGCCCCUUAGGGCCACCGUGUAGCCAAUGUAACAAGAAAUAAACACAAUGCUUUCUACACUGCACUUACAAUAAUGUCCCAGUUAAGGAACAUGAAAAUGGUGUCUUUUUGCUGUUGUCCUCUCCAGAGCCCCCGGUCACCAUCACCAAGCUGCUGGAUGAUUACCACGUGGUGGUGGGAGAAAGGGUGGAGUUUGAGGUGGAGGUGUCUGUGGAGGGAGCACACGUUAACUGGUCAGUAAACCUUUCAGUAAUGCUUUAUUUUACAGUCUUGUUUAAUCUGGUACCUUUAUGGUAUUUACAUGGUGUUAACUAAUAAAUUGUGUAGUACAAAUGUAUACUUUAUAGUACUAACCUCAAAGUUAAAAAAAAGUAAAAGUAAGUUCAGUUUGGUAGGCCUGAACCAUUUUAUAUUCCUAGUGUCUUAACAAUUCACUAAGGUGUUUCUAUGUCACCUACUCUCACUCCUCAGGAUGUUUGAGGACCAAGAACUCACCAGGGACUCCCAUAAGUACCGCUUUAAGAAGGACGGGUUGAAGCACAUGCUCAUCAUCCAAGAGGCUACACUGGAAGACAUUGGAAUGUACUGGUGCUUCACCAACGGCGGGCGAACCAAAGGAGAGCUGGAGGUUGAAGGUACCAAUCUUUGUUUUAGGGAAAAGAUUAGACAAAUAUUUUUCAGUCUUCAUGGUGAUUCAAAUUCAGUCCUAUAUCUGCGGUGGAUUUUUUGGUAAUGUUAUGGGCAAACACUUGUAGGUAUGCUAGUUUGGGUAUCCUCUCACUUUUCCCUCUCCCUCUCUCCCUGUCUCUCUCAUUCCACAUUCUCUUCAUUCCUCUCGCUUUCCUCUCUCUCACUCUGCCCUCUCCCUGUUGCCCCCUCAGAGAAGGAACUGGAGGUGUUGCAGAGCAUUGCUGACCUGACGGUGAAGGCCGAGGACCAGGCCAUGUUCAAGUGUGAGGUGUCUGAUGAGAAGGUGACAGGGAAAUGGUUCAAAGAUGGCGUGGAGGUGCUACCCAGCGAUCGCAUCAAGCUGACCCACAUCGGAAGGUACGGGACGGGAGAGACGUGGGGACAGGUUACGUGUCAAGUGACUGCACUUUAGAUUGUAAUUAUGUUUUUGUAUCAACUUAUGUUUAUGUUUUACCUACGUAAUGUGUUAUGGUCAUAUAUAACCACAUGGACUGUUGGUUUUAUUUUCAGUAUGUAUUGUAUUCUACAAUUACGAGGAGCUGUGACUGUAAUUUUGUAUUGAACAAGUAUCUCAACUUCCUCAUCCUUAAUGUGUUUUAGAAUCCAUCGGCUUACCAUAGACGAAGUCAAGCCCGAGGACGCUGGAGACUACACGUUUGUCCCAGAUGGAUAUGCCCUCUCACUGUCCGCCAAACUCAACUUCCUGGGUGAGAGAAAGAGAGAGAAAAAAAUAGAAAAUGAGAAUUUUUGGAAAAUGACAAAUUCAGACUUUGCAGAAAAUUACAUCAUGCCUAUACAUACUGUUUAAAUGGAAAUAAAGUCCCUUAACAUCAGUACAAGUCACAUAUGAAUAAAACCAUUUUGUCUGCCUUUCAACAGAAAUUAAGAUCGACUAUGUCCCCCGCCAAGGUAGGUUUUCUAAAUUAUUACUAUAAACAUAAAUGUCAUAAGUAUUGAUUCACAUCAAUAUAUGUAAUAUAUCAAUGUACAUUGUAUUCGGAAAGUAUUCAGACCCCUUGACUUUUUCCAUAUUUUGUUGCGUUACAGCCUUAUUCUAAAAUUGAUUUAAUAGUUUUUUUCCUUCAUCAAUCUACACAAAAUACCCCAUAAUGACAAAGCAAAAACAGGCUUUUAGAAAUGUUUGCAAAUUUAUAAAAAAUACAAAACUGAAAUAUCACAUUUACAUAAGUAUUCAGACCCUUUACUCAGUACUUUGUUGAAGCACCUUUGGCAGCGAUUACAGCCUCGAGUCUUCUUGGGUAUGACGCUACAAGCUUGGCACACCUGUAUUUGGGGAGUUUCUCCAAUUCUUCUCUGCAGAUCCUCUCAAGCUCUGUCAGGUUGGAUGGGGAGCGUCGCUGCACAGCUAUUUUUAGGUCUCUCCAGAGAUGUUCGAUCGGGUUCAAGUCCGGGCUCUGGCCGGACCACUCAAGCUCAUUCAGAGACUUGUCCCAAAGCCACUCCUUCAUUGUCUUGGCUGUGUGCUUAUGGUCGUUGUCCUGUUGGAAGGUGAACCUUCGCCCCAGUCUGAGGUCCUGAGCGCUCUGGAGCAGGUUUUUAUCAAGGAUCUCUCUGUACUUUGCUCCGUUGAUCUUUCCCUCGAUCCUGACUAGUUUCCCAGUCCCUGCCGCUGAAAAACAUACCCACAGCAUGAUGCUGACACCACCAUGCUGCACCGUAGGGAUGGUGCCAGAUUUCCUCCAGACGUGACACUUGGCAUUCAGGCCAAAGAGUUCAAUCUUGGUUUCAUCAGACAAGAGAAUCUUGUUUCUCUUGGUCUGAGAGUCUUUAGGUGUCUUUUGGCAAAUUCCAAGCAGGUUGUCAUGUGCCUUUUACUGAGGAGUGGCUUCCAUCUGGCCACUCUACCAUAAAGGCCUGAUUGGUGUAGUGCUGCAGAGAUGGUUGUCCUUCUGGAAGGUUCUCCCAUCUCCACAGGGGAACUCUGGCGCUCUGUCAGAGUGACCAUUGGGUUCUUGGUCACCUCCCUGACCAAGGCCCUUCUCCCUCGAUUGCUCAGUUUGGUCAGCUCUAGGAAGAAUCUUGGUUGUUCCAAACUUGUUCCAUUUAAGAAUGAUGGAGGCCACUGUGUUCUUGGGGAUCUUCAAAGCUGCAGAAAUGUUUUAGUACCCUUCCCCAGAUCUGUGCCUCGACACAAUCCUGUCUCGGAGCUCUACGGACAAUUCCUUCGACCUCAUGGCUUGUUUUUUGCUCUGACAUGCACUGUCAACUGUGGGACCUUAUAUAUACAGGUGUGUGCCUUUCCAAAUCAUGUCCAAUCAAUUGAAUGUCCAAUCAAUUGAAGCCACAGGUGGAUUCCAAUUAAGUUGUAGAAACAUCUCAAGGAUGAUCAAUGGAAACAGGAUGCACCUGAGCUCAAUUUCGAGUCUCAUAGCAAAGGGUCUGAAUACUUAUGUAAAUACAUGUUUAUUUUUUUUAAUUUUUUAAUAAAAAGUACUUUCCGAAUGCACUGUAUAUAUAUAUAUAUAUAUAUAUAUAUAUAUAUAUAUAUAUAUAUAUAUAUAUAUAUAUAUAUAUAUAUAUAUGUGUGUGUGUAAAUUAAUAAUCAAAAUACUAUAGAUAAUAAUCUAACAUUCAUAUUUACAUUACCUUUAACGUUGUCUUAACAUUUCCAUUUACAUUCACGCCGUUAUUUGCCUUGUGUAUAAAGACCCACCCAAGAUCCACCUGGACACCACCGGCAACAUGGUUUCCCAGAACACCAUCAUCGUGGUGGCCGGCAACAAGCUACGCCUGGACGUGGAGAUCUCUGGAGAGCCUGCACCCACUGUCGUCUGGGCAAAGGGAGACAAGGUAGGCACUUCUUAUAGUAAUUCACAUAAAGAGUCUGUAUGGAAGUUAGUUGCUAAUUCUUUAACUCAAGUUCUGGCUUGAGUGUUUCCGGUAUGGUUUAUAUACAGAUAUGAUAUAACAUUAAUCAAUUUAUAUAUUAAUGAAACCAAACAAACCUUAUUUUUAGGCUAACAAUAUACUGUUGCUCAUGGGCGUGUUUUGAUUUCCUGUCUCUUAGCCAAUCACAGCUACGGAGGGGCGUGUGAGGACGGAGGCCAGGAAGGACCUGAGCUGCUUCGUCAUAGAGGGGGCAGAGAGAGAGGAUGAGGGCAACUACUGCAUCACUGUCACUAACCCUGCCGGAGAGGACAAGGCUCAUCUGUUGGUGAAGAUUGUUGAUGUGCCUGACUGCCCUGAGAAUGUCAAGUGUACCUCAGUGGGAGAGGACUGUGCCACCAUGGUCUGGGAUCCACCCAAGUUCGACGGAGGCGCACCAGUCACAGGUACAGUCAAGAUUUUGCAUGGUUUUUAAAUACUGAAAUACUUUAAUGUUAAAAAUAUGAGUAACCCCUUUUAGUAACAGAACAAUGUGGUGGAUGGAUGGAUGGAUGGGUCACUCAUUCUCUUCCUCUCUCUCGUUCAGGCUAUCUCAUGGAGAGGAAGAAGAAGGGCUCCACCAGGUGGACGAAGCUCAACUUUGACGUGUACGAGGGGGUGACGUACGAAGCCAAGAGGAUGAUUGAGGGCGUGCUCUACGAGAUGAGAGUGUAUGCCAUCAAUGGCAUCGGCAUGUCCCAGCCCAGCCUCAAUUCCAAACCCUUCAUGCCCAUCGGUGGGUGGAGUCUCAAACGGAUCUCAUAGUUUACUUAACUACUUUCUGUAUUUGUCUCCCUCACUGCCUCUGUCUUUUUUCUAUCAGUCUUUUCUGUCUCCUUUCUUUUUCACCCUCUUUUUCUCUCUCUCUUUCUUUCUCUUUCUGUUUCUGUAUCUGUCUCAUCUCUGUUCGCCUUGAAAAAUAAUAAUAAUACUCUCCCUCUCUCUUUUGUCUCCUUCUCUUCCAACCACAGCUCCAACCAGUGAGCCUCUGGGCCUCAAGGUACAUGAUGUCACAGACACCACAUGUACCCUGAAGUGGCUGGCCCCCGAGAAGGUCGGUGCCGGAGGCCUGGACGGAUACAUUAUUGAGUACUGCAAGGAGGGAGGUGAGGGUGUGAGACAAAAUAAGACUGUUAUCACUUUUGAAUGGGAAUUUGAAUUAGUCCUAGCUGUGUCUAAACACAGAUUUGUGUCAAUUCAACAAUGGCAUGAAAUUAAUGUUGGCCAAAUACAGUAAUUGAUUGUGUAUUAAAAGUUGUGGUAACAUAGCUACAGAAACGGUAAGUUUCCUAUGCCCUGUGUCAAACACUAUAGUCUAACAUUGUCAAACUUCAUGUAUUUUUGUCAAAUCUAAUUUAUCACUGUCAAACCUAAUUUAUCACUGUCAAACUUAAUUUAUCACUGUCAAACUUAAUUUGUCACUGUCAAAACUAAUUUAUCACUGUCAAACUUAAUUUGUCACUGUCAAAACUAAUUUAUCACACUGUCAAACCACAUUCAUCGCUGUCAAACCUCAUUAAUGGUCAAACCUCUUUUUUAAAAAUUGUUAUUUAACUAGGCAAGUCAGUUAAGAACAAAUUCUUAUUUACAAUGACGGCCUAAUUUGUAAGUCGCUCUGGAUAAGAGCGUCUGCUAAAAGACGUAAAUGUAAAUGUAAAAUGUACACCGGCCAAAUCCGGACGACGCUGGGCCAAUUGUGCGCCGCCCUAUGGGACUCCCAAUCACGGCUGGUUGUGAUACAGCCUGGAAUCGAACCAGGGCGUCUGUAGUGACGCCUCAAGCACUGAGAUGCAAUUAUCACUGCCAACCCUAAUUUAUCAUGGUAAAACCUAAUUAAUCAUGGUAAAACCUCAUUUAUCAUGGGCAAACCUUACGUACCACACGGUCAAACCUCAUUUAUCACUUCCACCUCAGUCUGUUUCCCUUUCUUUUGGUCUUAGACACGGAGUGGGUGGUGGCUAACAAUGAGCCGGUGGACAGACAGACCUACACAGUCCGCAACCUCCCCACUGGGGAGAAGAUCAACUUCAGAGUGGUGGCCGUGAACAUUGCUGGACGCAGCCCCCCAUACCGGCCUGGCCCAGCCCGUCACUAUCCGCGAGAUCGUGGGUGAGUGUGUCUGUCACCCAUAGGAAUAGGACUGUGUGCCCUUCUGAACAUGACCCUGUUGUAUUGUAUGUGGUUCAUCAUUACAUCAAUCUGGAGUAGACAACUUAAAACCUCUCUCUCCCUCCCUCUCUCUCUCUCUCUCUCUCUCUCUCUCUCUCUCUCUCUCUCUCUCUCUCUCUCUCUCUCUCUCUCUCUCUCUCUCUCUCUCUCUCUCUCUCUCUCUCAGAACUGCCCAACAUUCGCCUCCCUCGCUACUUGAGACAGAAGUACAUCAGAAGAGUGGGCGACAAAAUCAACAUGACCAUCCCCUUCCAGGUCUGUUGUUAAAAGUUACCCAUUACACCGCGAUUUGUGUAUUUUCACCAUUUUGAUUUGAGCUAAAGUAGUACGGCGUAUGAUCCAAAGCUAUCUUGAAUGCUGUGAUUUCUACAGAAUCACUCUAUAUGGGACAAGCUUGAACAGCUUAUCAGGUGCCCAUUAUCUAGUGAAGUUGGUUUACCAGGUACCACUGCAGUUAGCCAUUGACAGCUACUGUUUUGCCCUUCAUUUGUUUCUAUUCUGAACAAAGUAUUACCUUGUGUCUAAUAGGGUAAGCCACGCCCCAAAGUGCAAUGGUACAAGGAUGGGGAAGUGGUUGACGUUCGAGUUGCCAGCAUACGCAAUUCCGAAGUGGACUCUAUCCUGUUCAUCCGCUCGGCUGAGAGAGCCCACUCUGGGAAGUACGAGUUGGUCCUGCAGAUUGAGAACAUGGAGGCCAGGGCUACUCUGGAAAUCAGGAUCGUAGGUAAGAGAUGAAAGACAACUGAAGACAUAAGGGUCCUGUUUAUUAGGGCAGUUCCUCCCCUUUUCCGUCCGUUUAAUGCCUAAUGAACACAACCCAGGAUCAUAGUGAAGCCGAUGGCUAAGUCAUUUAGCAUCACUACUGCCUUUCUGAGACCUGAAGUAGCUACUGUUGCCCCCAGAACCAGAAACGGCUUGGCUUUUUACAUUGUUGUGUCGUGGGUUCCAAUCCACGAAGUAGACAGUAUACUGGCUUUAGGCCACUGUAAUUGUCCUAUUGUAGUAAAUAUUGUGCCAUUUUCUCAUCCUAAUCGUAACAAAAUGACCACAUAUUUUUGUCCAAUCAGAGACACCUGGGCCUCCCGAGGUAGUGAAGAUCACAGACGUUUGGGGCUUCAACGCUGCGCUGGAGUGGAAGCCACCGAAGGACGACGGCAACUGUGAGAUCACCGGUUACACAAUACAGAAGGCGGACAAGAAGACCAAUGUGAGAGAGGAGGGCAUAUACAGUAGGGACAAAGGGAUCAAAUACUCCAUCCCCCAGUAUGCAAAGCAAAGCUAUGGGCUACUGUAUAGGAUGUGGCACGGGGAAUGGAAAAAAAGCAACUAGAACCAAAUCAAAUUCUUUAGUAAUGACACUGUGGAAUUCUUAAAGUAACUUGAAACACCAGAUCAAGACAAAAACCAGCGCACGCGCUGCAGAGAGAGCGAAGCGAGAAAUGGCGAGAGGGAGCAACCACCCAAAACCCCCUCUCCUCAGAUCUUCUCUUUCGAUCUCCACCCCCACCACCUCUUUUCUCAUCUCUAUCUCUCCCCACCCCCCUCUCUCUCUAUCUUUCUCUCUCUUUCCCUCUCUCUAGGAAUGGUUCACUAUCUAUGAGCACAACAGGAGGACAAACUGCACAGCCUCAGACCUGAUCAUGGGAAACGAGUACAUGUUCCGCGUCUUCAGCGAGAACCUCGUUGGAAAGAGUGAGGAUUUCUGCCUCAGCAAGGACACAGCCAUCAUACCUAAGAUAGGUGUGUGUGUGUGUGUGCUGUACAUACUUACAUACAUUAUAUCAACAAGGCCUACAGUAUUUUCACAACAUAAUGUGUUUCAGAGACAUCCUUUACAGUAUGAAUUCAUUACCACUCCGUAUUAAUUCACAGUAUAAUAACCUCCCUUUCCUUUCCUUCAGGAUUGGAAUACAACCCACCUCCAUUUAAGGAGAAGGACAUGCAAAGCGCCCCCAAGUUCAUACAGCCCCUGCUUGACAGGUCUGUGGUGGCAGGCUACAGUACCGCCAUCAGCUGUGCUGUCAGGGGCUGCCCCAAGGUAUGUAUUUUGGGACAAACAGUCCGAAUACUCUAACUGUAGAUGCAGGGGGGAAAAUUGUGUCUCUGUCCUAAAUGUCUCCAAUUACCUUGUCAUCAUCUUCAUGGCCACUGACCUGAAAGGAUGUGUCAAUGUUUUCAGUAUUCUUUCAUCGUCGUGAAUGCACAUUAGAGUGAAUUCAAUAAAAAACAAUGUUUCCCAACCAGAAAUAUAAUUUCAUAUACUGUAUGGUAAACUCAUACAUGUACAUUUAUGAAUAUUCAUAAAGGGAUUUACAGUGCAUUCGGAAAGGAUUCUGACCCCUUGUCUUUUUCCACAUUUUGUUAGGUUACAGCCUUAUUCUAAAAUUGAUUAAAUUGAUUUUUUUAUUCUCAUCAAUCUAUACACAAUACCCCAUAAUGACAAAGCAAAAACAGGUUUUUAGAUUUUUUUAUACAUUUAUUAAAAAUAAACACUGAAGUAUCACAUUUACAUAAGUAUUCAGACCCUUUACUCAUUACUUUGUUGAAGAACCUUUGGCAGCAAUUACAGCCUCGAGUCUUCUUCGGCAUGACGCUACAAGCUCUGUCAGGUUGGAUGGGGAGCGUCACUGCACAGCUAUUUUCAGGUCUCUCCAGAGAUGUUAGAUCGGGUUCUCAAGUAUAUUCAGAGACUUGUCCCGAAGCCACUCCUGCGUUGUCUUGGCUGGGUGCUUAGGGUCGUUGUCCUGUUGGAAGGUGAACCUUCGCCCCAGUCUGAGGCCCUGAGCGCUCUGGAGCAGGUUUUCAUCAAGGAUCUCUCUGUACUUUGCUCCGUUCAUCUUUCCCUCGAUCCUGACUAGUCUCCCAGUCCCUGCCGCUGAAAAACAUCCCCACAGCAUGAUGCUGCCACCACCAUGCUUCACCGUAGGGAUGGUGCCAGGUUUCUUCCAGACGUGACGCUUGGCAUUCAGGCCAAAGAGUUCAAUCUUGGUUUCAUCAGACCCGAUAAUCUUGUUUCUCAUGGUCUGAGAGUCCUUUAGGUGCCUUUUGGCAAACUCUAAGAGGGCUGUCAUGUGCCUUUUACUGAGGAGUGGCUUCCGUCUGGCCACUCUACCAUAAAGGCCUGAUUGGUGGAGUGCAGCAGAGAUGGUUGUCCUUCUGGAAAUGUUCUCCCAUCUCCACAGAGGAACUCUGUAGCUCUGUCAGAGUGACUAUUGGGUUCUUGGUCACCUCCCUGACCAAGGCCCUUCUCCCCCGAUUGCUCAGUUUGGCCAGGCGGCCAACUCUAGGAAGUGUCUUGGUGGUUCCAAACUUCUUCCAUUUACGAAUGAUGGAAGCCACUGUGUUCUUGGAGACCUUCAAUGCUGCAAAAAAUGUUGGGUACCUGGACACAAUCCUGUCUCUGAGCUCUAAGGUAUUUCUGAUUUUUAUUUUGUAAGAAAUUAGCAAAAAAAAUCUAAAAACCUGUUUUCGCUUUGUCAUUAUGGGGUAUUGUGUGUAGAUUGAUGAGAACAAAAAUAUUUUAAUCCAUUUUAGAGUAAGGUUGUAACGUAACAAAAUGUGGAAAAAGGGAAGUGGUCUGAAUAAUUUCCGAAUGCACUGUAUAUACCUACUCAUUUCUAAACAUUUACAAGCAUUUCAAAUGGCUUAUUCAUGAAAGUGUUUAUAAAGUGUUACCAUAUUUUUGUUUAAUCCCUGAUUUUUAUUACAUUGAAGGCCAUUAAGGUCACAUACGUGUCAUGAAGCCGCUGACACAAGUCUCUCUUUGGCUCCGACUUAGCCUAAGAUCAGGUGGUUGAGGAACAAGAUUCCCCUGGACGAGAACCCUAGCUUCCUGAUGCAGAACAACCAGGGGGUUUUGACCCUGAACAUCCGCAAGCCCAGUCAGUAUGACGGGGGCAAGUUCACCUGCAAGGCCAUCAACCCUCUGGGGGAGGACGUCGUGGAGUGCACCCUGCUCGUACGAGGUAUGGAUGGAGAGGGACGGAGGGGAAGGGAGGUGGAGGGAGAAUGGGGGUGGAGUGCAGGGAUGGGGAAAAGGAUUGAGGGAGAAAAAAAGAUGGCGAUAUGAGGUAUGGAGAGAGGGAGGGAUCGAGAGGAGGGGUAUAGAGGAAAGGAUGGGGAGAACGAAACAGGGAGAGGAGAAAGAUUGCUUUGUAGCAACCCAAGGGAACAAUAGUCAAUAUCUUUCCACAAUCGUGGAAUGAUAGUCAUUGUAAUGGAAACAACACCAUGGGUUCAAAAUACUACUUUUUAUAUGGUUGAUGGAUUUAUUAAAUGUAUUCGUUUUUAAUGAGGUUCUAUGGUGUACAUUAUCUCACGUAUAUUGACCAUGCAGUAUGAACAGCACCUGAAUGUUCCUUUGCAACCGCUGUCAUUUUCUCCUCUUUCCAUAGCUCUCAAGGACAAGGAGGAGGGAGAUGAGAAAUGAGAUGCAGAAAAGCUAAUAAUGCAAUACAUUCACAAUGUUUCAGUAGGUCUUGAAAAAUGCAUUGAAAUAAAACAAACUUGAAGUUU